AUGCACCACAUUGCCGCCAUCGUUCCCAUCCCCCACCUCCUACGCCGUCAAUCAGAGAACGCAACAACCCGCCUGCGCACCCUCAGCACUAACUCCCAAGUCCUUGCCCGUACCCCCUCGUCUUGGGAGGAACACUCGCCAUCCGUACCCUUCCCCGUCCGUCCUCAAAACGAAUCAUCCUCGAAACCGCCGACCAUCAUCCACCGACUCCCCAAUCUCACCCACCCCGACUCCGAACGCCUUUUCCCCUACAACACAACCCCCUGGGAUCGCCACCACCCCUGGGGUGCUCGUCUCGACACACAGUUCCAUCGCCAUCGCUUAUCGCCUCAGGACCGUGCAGGCUACAUCCGCUCGGUCCGCCACCGCAUCUUAGCGCUCAACGCAAAUGCAACGGCGCUCACCGUCUACACUGACGGUGAGCGUAAGCCGGUCAACGGCCGCCGCCGCACAGGAGUCCACCCCGCGCGCAUUCCCCUCGGCCGCUGCGCAGGCAUCUAUGAUGCUGAGAUGUGGGCGCUCGCAGCGGGCGCUGCUCGCACGCGCGACCUCCUCAGCCAACACCCUCACCUCGGAACAUUUUUUUCUUUACUGACAACCAGUCUGCCGUACGUACGAUUACCAACACUUCUGCUCAUCUCGCACAGGCUGCAUCUAUUAUCUUCCCAAAACACAUAG